AUGGCGCCAAAGUUGAGACCCAACAGCACCGAGGAAUUAUGUGCUGACGAACCAUCCAAUGGUCUCCUCAACGGGGACGAGUGCUACUCUGUCGAUAUCAGCACAUGCCAAAUAAGGAAUAACGAGAUCCGGGAUUGCGUCUUGGCUGAAGGGACCUACGACUAUUAUCUCACCAAAGACGAAGAGGGCGGCGGAUACCCCCGGAUUUCUUUGUGGACGGUCCUUUUCAAUCUCUUCUUCUUUU